AUGCGUGUCGUUCUUCCUACCCUUUUUUGCGGUGCAUUGGUCACUGCGCUCUCCGGAGACGAGGCUCUACAAAAGUGGGGUGGACCGAGGGGUGGGCAUGAGAUUUCCCACGGGGGUAACAGUAUUGGAAAUGGAGAUGCUGGUGGGAUUAACAUUGACACUGGGGGUGGCGACAUUGGGGACAUUGGAGUUGGGGUCGGGGGUGGAGGGAGUGGGAGUGGUUGCGACCUGGCCGCUUGUGACGCUAAGUGCCCUGCUGGGUCGACUUGCUCAUCAGGUGCCUGUAUAUGCGCUAGCUUCCAGGCGCAGGCCACAUUCGGCACUGGGACCUUCCCGCACGGAGUGGCAGUAGGUGACUUCAACGGAGAUGGCUAUCUUGAUAUCGUUGCUGCGAACGCCGGCGAUAGUACAGCGAGCAUCUUGCUUGGGACUGGGUCGGGGACCUUUCAGGGGCAGACAGCAUUCCCAGUGGGGUACCAGCCGUUCUAUAUUGCAUUGGGUGACUUUAAUGGAGAUGGCAAUCUCGAUAUCGUGACUGCGAAUACAGGUGACGAUACAAUAAGUAUCUUGCUCGGCACUGGAUCUGGGAGUUUCCAGUCACAGGCUACAUACCCCGUAGGGGCCGUUCCUUUCGGUAUUACAGUGAGAGACUUGAACGGAGAUGGCCAUCUCGAUAUCGUGGCUACGGAUCAAGGUGACAAUACAGUGAGCGUCUUGCUCGGCACUGGAUCGGGGACCUUCCAGGCACAGACCACAUUCGGUGUGGGGUCCACUCCUGACGAUGUUGCAGUAGGCGACUUCAACGGAGAUGGCUAUCUCGAUAUCGUGACUGCAAAUACCGGCGACAAUACGGUGAGCGUCUUACUCGGAACUGGAUCCGGAAGCUUCCUGGCACAGACCACAUUCCCCGUGGGGUCUCAACCGGACGGCGUUGCAGUUGGCGAUUUCAAUGGAGAUAGCCAUCUCGAUAUUGUGGCUUCGAAUUUCGUGGAUAAUACAGUUAGUGUCUUGCUCGGCACUGGAUCCGGGACCUUCCAGCCGCAGACCACAUUCACUGUGGGGGCCGCUCCGCAUGAUGUUGCAGUAGGUGAUUUCAAUAGAGACGGCCAUCUCGAUAUUGUGACUUCGAAUAUCGUGGACAAUACAGUGAGCGUCUUGCUCGGCACUGGAUCCGGGAGCUUCCUGGCACAGACCACAUUCCCCGUGGGGUCUCAACCGGACGGCGUUGCAGUUGGCGAUUUCAAUGGAGAUGGCUAUCUCGAUAUUGUGGCUGGGAAUCUCGAUGGCCAUUCAGUGAGCGUCUUGCUUGGAAAGCCUUGUGGCCCUUAG